AUGGCUGCGAAAAUCACGCUUUCCCUCUUACUGGGCAUCAUGGCCUGGACUGGACCUGCCUGUCCCACUCCGACCCUGUUGCUGCGCCCCAGAGAGCGAGAUCGCGACCCCAGCUCCCCCGGCAGCGUCAACAUCGCCGUGAUCCACUCGGGAUUGUCCCUGCAAUCUGAGCUGGGUGCGGAGGGCCUAGGGGAGAGCGUGGUGACCCAGUGGGGCUCUGCCAACGUCAUUUGGUUGGCUGUCAAUGAGAGCAGCCCUCAGAGUCUCCUGCUACAGCUCUGCGACCUCCUGGCCACAAUGCCCCUGCAGGGUUUGGUGUACGACGAGGAGAGGCCCCCACCUACCCCAGGAGGCCCUCUGGCACCCAUGCUGGAGUUUGUUUCUGCCCAGACUGGACUUCCUAUUGUGGCUGUUGGAGGUGGAGCGGGCCUGGGAAGAGAGCCGCAGGAGAGCGGUUCAAUCUUCCUGCAAUUCAGCUGCUCCGCGGAACUCCAGUUGCAGGUGAUUUUUGAACUCAUGGAGGAGUAUGACUGGACGUCCUUCUCAGUUGUUUCUACUCGUCACCAUGGCUACCAAGAUUUCUUGGCGAUAAUUGAGGGGAUUACAGAUGGCUCCUUUAUUGGCUGGGAGAGGAGAAGUGUGGUGAUGCUCAACUUAACCGAUGAUCCUGGUGGAGCUCGUGCAAGGAGGCAGCUGAAGGAGAACGAGGCCCAGGUGCGCCUGCUGUACUGCUCUCAGGAGGAGGCUGAGCUCGUGUUCAAGGCAGCAUGGGCGGCGGGUCAGGCAGGCCCUUCGCACAUGUGGUUCACUGUGGGGCCAGCCCUUGCAGGCCUGGGGUUGGAGGGACUCCCCAAGGCUAUACUUACUGUAAGGCCUCAGGGCUGGAGAGAUGAGCCCCGCAGGAGGAUAGCUAAGGGGGUAUCAGUCCUGGCCCAUGGAGCUGUGGCACUGCGCAAAGACUACGGUUCGCUUGAAUCUGGCUUUACUGGUAACUGCCGGACUGACAGCAAUCAGACACAGAGGCUACCUGGCCGGAUCAGGUAUUUUAGCAACAUCACCCUGGGUGGGCGCGAUUACUCCUUCAACAGCGACGGAUACCUGGCCAACCCAUACAUGGAUGUCAUCUCGCAUUCACCAGGAAAAGGAUGGGAGGAGGUGGGCUGGUGGGAGAACGGGGUGCUGAGGUUGCGCUACCCAGCCUGGUCCCGCUACGGUGCCUUCCUGCAGCCUCCGGAUGACGCGCAACACCUGCAGGUGGUCACCCUUGAGGAGCGGCCCUUUGUCAUCGUGGAGCCAGCUGACUCGGACACGGGCACCUGCAUCCGCGACUCAGUGCCGUGUCGAAUACCUGUCAACACCAGCGUGGCUAUGGAGGGUGCAGUUCCAGUAAAACAGUGCUGUAAAGGAUUCUGUAUCGACGUUCUCAAGCGAUUGGCCAAAAUAAUUGGUUUCACCUAUGACCUCUACCUGGUCACCAAUGGGAAGCACGGGAAGAAGAUUGAUGGAGAGUGGAAUGGCAUGGUGGGAGAGGUGGUGUAUAAACGUGCCGACAUGGCCAUCGGCUCCCUGACUAUCAACGAGGAGAGGUCAGAGGUGGUAGAUUUCUCCGUACCCUUUGUGGAGACAGGCAUUAGCGUUAUGGUUUCCCGCAGCAAUGGCACCGUGUCACCAUCUGCUUUUCUCGAGCCGUACAGCCCUGCUGUGUGGGUCAUGAUGUUUGUGAUGUGCCUGACUGUUGUCGCAGUCACUGUCUUCAUCUUUGAGUUCCUCAGUCCUGUGGGAUACAACCGCAGCUUGCAGAGUGGCAAGAAGGCAGGGGGAUCCAAGUUUACAAUCGGCAAGUCCAUCUGGCUUCUGUGGGCUCUGGUCUUCAACAAUUCCGUCCCUGUGGAGAACCCGAGAGGAACUACCAGCAAGAUCAUGGUGUUGGUUUGGGCUUUCUUCGCUGUCAUAUUCCUGGCCAGCUACACUGCAAACCUAGCAGCCUUCAUGAUCCAAGAAGAGUACAUUGACACUGUUUCUGGACUUAGCGACAAAAAGUUCCAGCAACCUACAGAACAGUACCCGCCGCUCAAGUUCGGCACAGUCCCAAAUGGCAGCACGGAGGAGAACAUCUGCAGCAACUACCCAAUCAUGCACCAGUAUAUGAUCAAAUACAACCAGAGAGGGGUGGAGGAGGCCAUUGCCAACCUCAAGACAGGCAAACUGGAUGUCUUCAUCUACGAUGCAGCAGUGCUGAAUUAUAUGGCCAGGAAGGAUGAAGGCUGCAAGGUGAUGACCAUUGGCUCAGGAAAGGUCUUUGCCACCACGGGUUAUGGGAUUGCCUUGCACAAAAACUCACCCUGGAAACGACCCCUUGACCUCGCCCUGCUACAGCUUAUAGGAGACGAUGAGAUCGAUAUGCUGGAACGCCUCUGGUUGUCAGGAAUCUGCCACAAUGACAAGAUUGAGGUGAUGAGUUCCAAAUUAGAUAUUGAUAACAUGGCAGGAGUCUUCUACAUGCUGCUUGUGGCGAUGGGCCUGAGUCUUCUUGUCUUUGCCUGGGAGCACCUGGUUUACUGGAGGUUGAGGCACUGUGUUGGCCCGUCACGCAAUGUAGACUUCCUCCUGGCUUUCAGCAGGGGUAUGUACAGCUGCUGUAGUAUAGAAGAUGAAACAGCUGCAGGAAGAGGAACUGUGGGAAGCACCCUCCCCAGCUAUCAGCUUGCCUCAUUGGUACCGCCCAUGCCCCAUGGUGCAAAACCAGCAGGUGCCAUGACACAACAGCAGCAACUACAGCAGCACCAGCAGCCAACAUAUGAAAUUCCUCUAGCAGGAUCCCCACCAGCAGUCGCACAUUCUGGGGCAGCCUUGAAGUCUCAGAACAGUCCGGUUCUGGGCAGUCCUCUCCCCUGCUCAACAUUCCUGCCCCGCCCGGAUCGUAGAUUUGCCGUGGUAGAUCGCUGGAGAGGUCCUAAGUCUGCUGGUGCCAAAGCUGUUUGUGGCAUUUCCGACAUGAGACAGAUCUCACAAAGGGUGGCACCAUCAUGGGAGGCAGGGGAGUCUGGAGGAGUUCAUAGCCUGGAUGAAUACAAAAGGUACUAUGGUCCUAUUGAUCCCGAGGGUCUAAGCACGUGUGCGGACCCUCAAAUGAGUGACCCUCAAACACCCAAAGCUCUUCAAAGAGGUCAGUCUCAGCCCCCACCAGCCAGUGUGGUAUUCUACCAGGAGAAAAAUCCUGAUCUGGCAAAAGUGAUGGGAGUGGUUCGUGGUGGAGGAGGUUCGAGGAAGAAGGGUAAAUCUUUGGGUGUCCCCCAGCUCCCUCCAAAGAACAAAGCCUCAGCUCCUCUGCCCCCUGAACCUCUGUCAGAGGCCUCUCCUCCUUUCCCUUCAUCUUUCUGGAAAAAACGGUGCCCCAAAAAAGCAAAAGAUGCAGCUGCACCCUUAUAUGAGAACAUCCUCCCCUUGGGGAAGCGAGGGGGGCGGAGGGGUGGCAUGAGGAGUGUCGAUGGCAGCAGGACCCAUCACCCAGCAUCUCCUUCCCCCACUAACACCCCUUCGUCACCCUCUCUUCUCUACUCCUCCUCAAGCAGCUCCUCAUCGACUUCCAGCUCAUCCACUUCCGCAUCUGCGUCCUCCUCCCGCUCCACAUCUCCUUCUUCUUCCUCCACGUCUUUGCAAAGCCCACGAGAUAAAGGCUAUGGGAUGGUGGGACGUGGUGCAGAAGAGGACGAGGAGACAGAGGACCUGACUGAGGAAUCCAGCUUGCUGUUGGGACAGAAUAAGUCAGAUCGGUCCUUCGUUUCUCCUCACUCCAUGGUUCACAGUCCUCCACCUCCAAUACCUCCCCGACACCCCUGUCAGGAGAGGGCCAGAUCAUGCGAGCGGCCGAGGAGCAGGGGCCAGCUGGCCCAGCUGCAAGAGUGGUGGGCUGGAUGGGGUGAGCGAGAGAGGGAGAGGCAUGGAGCAGGAGGCAGUGGACCAGAGAGAAAAGAUGAGAAGAAGCACAGAAAGCAAAAAGAAGCCGAGAAGAAAAAGAAGAGCAGGAAGAGAAAAAAGCGAGAGGAGCGCGAGAGGGAGCGGGAGCGGGAGCGAAAGCGACGUAAGGCAAAAAAGAAGAAGAAAGCAAUAAAAUCACAUCGGAGAAAGAGCAUUUCUGGAGAUAAGAGAUCUGAGCCUGAUGAAGAGGACAUGGAUAGUCACAGGAAGCCAGAGGGCAAAAUGGUUAUGGACAGGUACUCUAUGUGGAAAGGGGAGAGGAAUGAAGAGAGAAGGGAUAGAGACAUGCAGCCAAGGGGUGAAAGAGGUGGAAGAGAACCAGUGAAGAGAAUUAGGGACCGGCGUCCUAAAAGCUUUCACUCAUAUUCCCAUUCAGGGCAUUCAGGGCUUUGCACACGGUGCCCCGACUUUAAUAAGCUUCCUGCUCCUGUAAAAUUACUGGUGCGUGGAGGCAGAGGUGCCUCUGAAGUCAUUCCUUCAUCCCUUUUUGAACCUCUCCUGCCAUCAUCUUCCAAGCACCGCAGAUGGGGGUGGGGGGAGAGGGAAGCAAGGAGGAGAGGAAGAGAUAGAAGGCCCCUACUGUCACCCAACGAAAGAAGAGCGUUGCAGACAAAGGAAGGCCUGUGCUUCAACGAGUGGGACUCGGAUGAUAACGAGGAAAAUGAUGAUGAUGAGAUAGAAGGGAUACGAGAGCAAAGAGAGGGCCAAGGUCGAAGGGGCGGAGCCAGAGGAACUCUCUCCGAAACGGACAAGGACAGAGGGAGCGAAAUAGAGUUUUACUCCGAUGAGGGAUCCUCGGGGGAAUUCGGGAAAUUUGAGCGGUACUGGGAAGGGAAACGCGGAAGGGAAUUUGGGGAGGCUUGGGAAGGGGGCUGUUUCUUCGGCACCUAUCCUGCCAGGGAUAAAGGCGGCAGUGUAAACAGUAAGGACAGUUUCAUUGCAGGGAAAGGUCAGCGAUGGGGUCGAGGAGAAGACAUCAGCAGUCCCAACAAGAGAUUGGCGCUGGACUCGGCUGGUUUAGGGAAAGAACAAUGGCACCAUCUGCCCACAUUUCCCCAGCUUUCGGUAAAAUAUUGGUCUGAGGAAAAGCUGUGUGUGAAGGGGAAUGUGAAGUGCAGAGGUUGUGGGAAGGAGAAGAAAAGGAUGCAGAACAGGGAGAAAGGUCACCUAGUUUGUUCCUGCCAGUACCCUCACUGUGCGGUGCACGCAGAGGACAAACGAGACGGGCCUCUGUCCCGCAGCCAGGAGGAUCUUCUACCACUCUGCCACAGCUUUAAUUACAGCCCCCUGAACCCUGGCCAGAGCCAUUCCAAAUCUGACAGCCAAUCUGACCUCAGCACUCAGAAGGUGCAGCUGACCGAUCAGACGUCCCAUUCUUGUUUGGCACAAGCUCUCAUCCCUUCUCUCGUUCCUCUCGCACUCCCCACGUCUUGCCCUUCAUCCCUACCUUCUCAUAGUGCUCCACCCACCUCCUCCCCGAGUGUUUCCAUUCCUCCAGUUGCGCCCUCCGCAAUGGAAGUGUCCCAGUCUUCUGCUGCGGGUGGCACCAGUGCCAAGCUCCAGUACCAGAAACUUCGCUGCGUUGCUCAGCCGGGGAAGCCGUAUUCUCCGCACCCUCCCAUGAAGGCGAGCUUGUGUUCGCGCCGUGGCUCGGACCAUUUCUCCAGCUUGGAGAGCGAGGUAUAA